GAGAGAGAGAGAGACUGACUCACUGACGGUCACACACGGCUCUUCUUAGCUCUCUCGAUUCGGACUUCAUUUGCAUUCCACACACAGACAGGGUGUGUUAAGAAUUCGCUCGUUUUUAAUUGACAAACUUGGACGUAUUUCUCGGUCAUGGGGAAAGUUUUCCUCUUCGUUUUGAUCACAUUCAUUCUUCUGAACGCGACCGAGGCUAAAGGAAAGAGGGACAAAAGACAGAAGGGCAAAAGAAACACAACUGACAAGGCCAGCCCAAGGGUUUUUCGAGGAAUCGCGAACCCAGUUAACCUCCCUCUUUCUCCUAACCAAACAACAGACCUGCAAGCUUUUGUCGUCCCGUCUGUGGAAGUGGAGUUACGCAGCAACAACACGGAAAAGUACCUCCGAGGUCCUCUGAGCAAGUGCUUCAUCCCAGUUGUCUACAUAAUAGCCAUCGUUGUCGGCAUUCCCGCCAAUAUCGCCAUUUUGGUCGCCGUUGGAACCAAAGUGAGGGUCAUUUCAUCUGCGAUAUUGUACUGUAGCUUAGCGUUGUCCGACUUGCUGCUGUUGUUCAGCCUGUUGCUGAAGACACACUAUCAUCUCAGUGGGAACCAUUGGAUUUUCGGUGAAACCGCCUGCCGCAUCACGACCGCCUGUUUUUACGGCAACCUCUACUGCUCAACUUUCACACUAGCGUGCAUUAGUAUCAAGCGCUACAUUGCCGUGGUGCAUCCUUUUCUCUAUAAGAGUUUGCCAAAACGCACGUUCACCACCUGUGGUUGCGUAACCAUCUGGAUUGUAUUUAUUAUUGCCCUUCUCCCUGAAUUCCUAGUGCAACAAAGCUACCGCAUCACACAACUUGGAAUAAUCACAUGCCACGACGUUCUUCCGGACAACAUAUAUUACUACCAGUGGCUUGUCUAUUAUAACCUUGGCCUCACCUGUGUAGGUUUUUUCCUUCCCCUAGUGGUGACAGUAGCAUGUUACACUUCCAUCGUCUGGCACCUGAACCGCUCACACCAGGACUGGGCUCUUUACAUCAGAGCUAGCACGUUUAACUUCGUGAUCUUUGGCCUGUGCUUCGGCCCAAGCAGCUGUUUUCAUUUUGUGCAUUACGUCUUGCUGUCUGUUAGCAAUACAGAGAGUUUCUACAUCUACUUCAGUGUGGCCGUGUGUCUGUGUUGCCUGCAUAGCGCUCUGGAUCCGUUUCUCUUCAUGCUCAUGUCCAGGACUGUCGGAACCAAACGCUACUUUCUUGGACGCAAAGGACAUGCGCUUAGCAUCUCUACAUAGAGUCAACAUGAGAUACAUGUUGCGCAACCUUCCGCACGCAAUCCUGCAUAUUUCCAAGUGAAACAGGAUGUUUAAUGGGAACUCGUUGAAACGGGCGAAAUUGAAAAACGUUUUAACGGCAGAGGAAGUUGUUGCAUUUUGAUAAAAGAUUACCAGCACUUA